CGAUCGACAAAUGACAUCCCUUGAGAGAGAAGUAGCUAAUUACAUGGUAGCCACAGGCGACCAAUCAGCCGAAGCCAUCCAGGCUGCUGAUCAGGUCGUCAAAACCAUCAAUGCCACAUCCAUCCAGGACAACCUUUUGCGUCUUAUCCAAUCGAUGGGAGAAUACCUUACCAAUGAAGAUGACUUUGUGCGUGCAAAAGCUACCGGUCUUUUAUCUUAUACCUUGAGACACUGUCAUCAGGCUUCUAUUACUGCACCAGCAGUAUCUGUUCUGGUGGAUUUCUAUUGUGAGCGUCUGUCAGAAAAUACAAACGUUUCAAACUUAAUGGAUGGAUUGGUGGCCCUCACUGAGUUUGAUAAAUUUAGUGCAGCUAAUGCAGUAGUUGUAACAAAAAAGCUAUUUGAACAUGUUGAAGUCCAGCGUUUUCCUCAAGUUACAAGAAAUACAACAUUUAGAGUAUUUGAGAAUUUAUUGGACAGACAUGUAGCAGCUCUCAAGACAAUCAAUGAUGAGUUCGUAUCUGGAUUUACACACGCAGUAGAUGGUGAAAAGGAUCCCAGAAAUCUCAUGUGUGCAUUUAAGCUUAUCAGAACGAUUAUCGAGAAAUUUGAUAUCUCAACUUAUGUGGAGGAUCUCUUUGAAGUCACAUUUUGUUACUUCCCUAUCACCUUUAAGCCUCCCCCGGAUGAUCCUUAUGGAAUUACCUCUGACGAUUUAAAGAGUAGUCUGAGACAAUGUAUUGCAGCUACAUCUCAUUUUGCAAAGUUUGCUGUGCCUCUUAUAAUGGAAAAACUUUCUUCAACUUCUGGAAGUGCAAAGAAAGAUUCUAUGGAAACAUUAGAAGCGUGCGCACCUGUUUAUGGAGCCACAUCACUUAUACCCCACAUUGACGAUAUAUUUGAUGCUCUCAAAGUAGAGGUGUUUCAUGCAACUGAUCAGACACUUGAAGAUACUUCUCUUGCUACCAUCAAGAGCGUUGUUGCAGCUCUUGCUACAGGUGUCAGCAAUGCAUCGGGAGACCCUACUGAAAAGGCGUUGAAACCAUUGAUUACCGAGUGUGUUGCUAACCUCAAGGAUCCCGAAUUGAAGAACUCUAAACCUAGUAGCCUUAUAUUGAGAGCAAUUGCAUCAGCAUCAGAUCCCGCUUUUCAUUAUGCAGCAGAACCUGUGAUUCCUAUGAUGUUACGCUUCCACCGUGAAACAGACCUCGCCACACGCAAGAAAGCUAUUCUUGAUGUUAUUCUCGAAUACCUUGAGGCAAGCCGAACUCUCUAUGGAUCAGCUGAGAACGACCUUGAUGCCAUGGAACAAGACUUUAUUUCUCCUCUGGUAGAUUAUAAGGAUCGUUUCUUUGCGAUGUUUGAAUCUGCAUUGUUGGCUUCUAAUGAAUAUAAUGGUUUACGUCUUGCUGGACUUAAUGGUCUUCGUUUGAUGGUCUUGGUAAAGAAUUACCUUUCUCCCAAUGAAGUUGGUAUUGCUAUUCAAUCCUUUAACAAAGUCCUCAUGAACGAGCAAGAUGAAGAACUCAGAGCUGCUGCUUUGAAUGCUUUAUGUACCAUUUCAAAGUUUAACGGCAAAUUUAUUGUUGAACAAACAAUCCCAGCCUUGAUCAAACAGCUCCCCGAUACUGCAACUCAACAGAGCACUAUUGGGUACCAUCAAACCCUAUACACUCUCAGAAUGCUUUCUCCAGAACCUUUGAUUUUCAAGUCUACUGUAUCCGUGUUGAUUAAAAAGUUUGAUGAUGUUUGUGAAAAAGAUACCGAUGUUGCUUAUCCUCAUGCUAUUCUCGCAACAUUGCUGGAGAUAUUAAAGUCCAAGGCCGAAAGUGGACACAAAGAUAUUGGUUCCUACAUUGAUAUAUUUAACAGCACACUGGUAACAAAGGCUAUCGAGGCUUCUUUGGACAGCAAGCGUUCUCAGACCAUCUUGUCCGAGAGAAUCUUGGAAACCAUUGCUCUGAUCUUGAUUAAUGUAUUCCACGAACUUGAUUCUACAUCCCAAAAGACACAUCUCGACCGUGCAUUUAAUCUCUUUAUUCAUGGUGACCUUUCGGCUCUUAAAAUAUCUUCUUCUACUCCCUUUGUUCCUCUUGAGACAUCUAGCUCAGAUGCCCAAAAGUCAACGACUUAUUUGUUUUCUGCAAUUGUUAAUACAUGCAGAAAGGAGGUGACUUACCCAGUAGAGAGUCUCGAAAACUUCAUCGAUAGACUAGUAAACCUGGCUUUGGGAACAAACCACCACGGACAACUUACUUCGUUGGUCAGAAUUGUCGGCUCAUUAAUUAACAAAUGGAAAGACAACGCUUCUAUGACUGCCUAUGUACAAAAGGCUUCUGGUCAGCUUGAAGCAUUGAUAACCAAGCGAGACACUAACAGUGCAAGCGCUUUGUGUAUCUAUCUCUGGAUCACCAAAGCUUUAAUAAUGAGAGCUCAUCCCAAGGGUUAUGCUUUUACGGAUAACAUCAUUGGUUGGUGUAAUGACCCUAGUUUCAAUGGCCAGGCACCUCAAGGCUUUGAUAUUUUGAUUAGCGAUGAUAGUCUAGCCCUGAACAAGCUUUCUUAUUGCACGAUGACAAUCCUGUAUAAGCAAAGAUUCUUCAGCCACUGUCUCCCCAAGCUUGUAAAUGGCUUCCGUACAUCCAACACAGAUGUGAAGCACAAUUACUUGAUCGCUUUAUCUUACCUUCUGAAGAAUGUACCCAAGCAAAUUCUGUUAAAUGAAUUGCCUCCUCUUGUUCCUUUGCUUAUACAAUCUCUGUCGCUGACAGACACAUCCCUCAAGGUUUCUACACUUGCUACCUUCCAGCUAGCUAUUGUAGAGGCACCUGAUGUGGUUGGACCCCACACACGUGCGAUAAUUGCUGCUCUCCUAGACUUGCUCAACAGCCAGGAACCAAACCCACUGCCUGUGCGCGUGGCUGCUCUUAAAUGCCUAGCCCAAUUUCCAGCUGGACUGACUAACGACUUGUUGGCACCACAUGUGAGUUAUGUAACCAAACAACUUGGUCAGUCUGUAGGAGACAAGAAGCGAAUGGUUAGAAAGGAGGCAGUAGACUGUAGAGCAAAAUGGUACGCCAUCAUGGCAUAAAACCAAAACCUCUGUAGACGUAAUUCCUAUUGUUUUUUUAUUUUAUUUUAUUUUAUUUUAUUCUAUUUUAUUUUAUUAUAAUUAUUAUAUUUUUCUUUUCUUUUCUUUAUUUCUAUGUUUCUUUCUAUCUCUCUCUUGUUUAUAUACAUACAUACUGUAAUGGAAUCUAGAUGAAGCCAAACAAAAUCAAAAACAAAAACAAGGCACUCACAAAUAAAAUAUUUUCCUUUUACAAAUC